AUUUCUACUUGCACGUGUUUACGUUUAUCUGUCACCGCGACGGUUUUAACCGUGCUGAGUAAAGAAAUUUACAAAAAUGAUGGAUUUCGAGAUGAGAAGCAGCGAUUCCGAAGGCUACGAUGAAUCGGAUGAAGAGUUACAAGAGGCGUUCGCGCGUGGUGACUUGAAACCGGGUCUCAACAUAGAACUCGUGAAAGAAAAAAUCGACGUUAACGACAUUCCUCGCAUUCUUGCAAAACACGAGGAAAUCGAGCUGAAGUUGCCGUGGAUCGAACGUCUGGACAUGUACAAUGACUUGGCACCGCUAGCACCAGAGCUCGCUCUCCAACUAGAAAGGCACGAGCAAAAGCGUGCAAACCAGUUCAAAGGCAACGCAAAAAUCCCAUACGUCCGGCCCGAAGAAGAUCCCGUCCUCAAUGAUUUCAAGCGCGAAAUGCUAUUUCAUCGCCAAGCGCAGGCCGCCGUCGUGGAAGGUAUCCGCCGCCUCCACGAACUCAACAUUCCCACCAAGCGACCGGACGACUACUUCGCCGAAAUGGCUAAAACCGACGAGCAUAUGCAGAAAGUCCGCGCCAACCUAAUGGCCAAGGAGCAAGGCCAGGCAAAAUCCGAGCGAAUUCGACAGAUCCGGGAGCAACGGAAAAUGGGCAAAAUGCUCGCGAAACAAACCAAGGUGCAACGCGAAAUGGAAAAGAAGGAAAUGCUCGAUCAACUCAAGAAGUUCCGAAAGGGCAAAUUGAAGAAUCUAGACUUCCUGGAGGAUACAAAGGCCAAUGCAAAGGCGUCAGCUGCGUCAAAGAAAAAAUCAGCCGCGAAGAGGAAAGCUCGCGACCAACAUUACGGUUUUGGUGGCAAGAAACGUGGCUUGAAACGGAACACGAAGGCUUCGUCGGCGGGAUUGGAGCGGAACACAAAAGGAUUGUUAGGCAAUAAGGGAGGACGAAAAGGAGGCGCAGCGGCGAAACGGCCGGGCAAGGCACGCCGGCAGAAGAACAAAGCGAAGGCCAAAGGGAAAUAGUCUUUUUUUGUAAUGUUUGACUAUAAGCUAAGGAUUAAAUAUAUAUUUUUGAAUGAA